GUGGCCACAGUGGAAGAGCCACCUAAGGUAAUUAUUUAUUUACUUUUCAAAACGAAAAGUAAACCAGCAGAGAAGUAAUUAAUUAGAGGACACGGGCUAUAGGUCGAAGUGAAUUGGCCCGGCCCAUUGAAAAGCCCAAUUGGGAACAAGACAUGGGUCGACGGGCUUAAAACCGGGUCGGCCCGGCCUAAUAUUGGCGAAGCGUCUAGUCUACUCUUCUGCUGCUACGCCACGAUUUCUGCUUCGUCUUCGCGCUCGUCUUGAAAUCAUUUCCCGCGAGCCGAAUCGCCAAAAAUUCUCUCUUUUCUCCACUCAGUGCCUCUUCUCCUUCCUAUUCUGCGAUUCGAGAGAGAGAGAUGUUGGGAAGAGUAAGAGCGCCGUCUUCGUCGCCAGAUAGUUUGGAGAGGUCAACGACUAAGCUUCUCAAGCACGAUUCUCUCUCCGUCUACGAAGCAACACUUCUAAAGCUUAAACAGGGUUCACAGCAAAUCCAAGGUUCGCCAACAAGUGAGUUCGUGCAGCCAGAUGAUUACUCUGCAGGAAGCUCCAGCUGUGAGGAUGCGAUGAACAUGGAGUGCGACUGUAGUUGUCCAAAUCCUUCGCAUUCGCAACUCACAUUGUUGCAUGAAAAGAAUUUAAUAACCGUAAAUGAUGCCUGUAUCUUGUCAAGUACCAGCGAUGCUCAUGCAAUGGUCAGCUUGAAACAGCGAAGCAAAGGUGAAGUAUCGAUUCUCCAUCUGUUUUCCAAAUACAAAAGCUCACACUAUUCUUCUACAAAUAGCAAAAUGGUGACGAUGGAGACUAAUUGUUCGUCGAUCAUCCCACCAAGUUCUGGGGAUUACCUGUCUCUCGGAAACAUGGAACAAGAAUGUGUCGGCUCCUGAGCAAUGACAGUUUAGAGAUUGAUCACUCAGACUGGGGUUUUGUGUUAUUUGUAAUGUUUAUGCACAAACUGUGUGCUUCAUCGCACUAUUAGUUUGUAUUAACUUGUGAAACGUACAAACACAACCUUGAGGGAAUUUUCAUCCAAAAGAUUUUAAUGCUGAUAAAGAAGAUAUGAAAGCGAUAGUGUUAUAUGUGCUGUUUUCCAUUUCUUUUUGGUGCAAACUCCACUCCUUUAUUUUAUGUGCUUGUUUACUGGAUCUUGUACUCACUUGGCAUAAUAUUUAAGGGAAGGCGAUCUUGUACGGUCGUCUCAAAUAAAGUCUCGUUUCAUCA